UUGGCCGCCUUCGCCGGGGCGGGUCCGUCCACCAGCCGGACUCGGCCAGCGGGACUGGCAUGUCCGCCCGAGCCUGGCUGCGCUCCGCAACCGUGGGCGGGUCCGCAGGGGCGGAGAGGCACCGAGGAUCUGGCCAAAGUCGCGCAGAGGCCGGCGGAGCCAGUCCCAGACCACUUGGCUUGCCGCGGCGGGAGCCGUCCGGAGCUCCCCAAACGCCGCCGCCGCCUCCUUGGCCGGACCCCUCCCUAGGGUGGGGCUGCCGUGAGGGCACACCCACCCACCCAGCAGGCGCCGGAGCCAGAGCGCGCAGCCGGCUGCGGAGUGAGGUGGAGGAGGAGGGCCGCCGCCGCCGCCGCGAAAGCCCCUUGCGUUGCCCGCCUGCCAGCCCGCCGCGCACCGGCUCGGGAUGAUCCUGCCCGCGGAGAGAUCGAGCGCCGCGCAGAGGGCCUGGGCGUCCGCCGGGCUGGCCCACGGCAAGGCCGGGCCCAGGAUGAGCUCCUCCUCGCUGCUGGAGGAAGGUGCCCUCGAGCCACCACCGGUGCUGCUGAGCGACAUCAAGACGGAGCCCCCCGAGGAGCUGCUGGCCACCGACUGCAACCAGCCGCAAGCCGAGCCAGUGGACCUGUCCCUCCAUAAGCCCAAGGGCUCCCUGCAGCCCUCCUCCGUCCGCUCCUCGCCCAUGCUGGCCGUGCCCCCCGCCCCGGCCCCCGUGGUCUCUGUGGCACCCCCGGGGCUGGGCUCCUCUGCCAUCCCAGCCGUGCUCUCCCCUGGCUCCAUCCUGGCAUCGACACAGGGCAGCGGUGGGCAGCAGAUCCUGCACGUCAUCCAUGCCAUCCCUUCGGUCAACCUGCCCAGCAAGAUGGGCAACCUCCAGACCAUCCCGGUGGUGGUGCAGUCCCUGCCUGUGGUCUACACAACCAUGCCCAGUGACGGCGUCACAGCUGCCAUCACAGUGCCGCUGAUCGGGGGAGAUGGCAAGAAUGCCGGAUCGGUGAAAGUCGACCCCAGUUCCAUGUGCCCCGUGGAGAUCAACAGUGACAGCGAGGACAGCGCCUCAGAGAGCGGGCCGGCCUCCUUUCCCGACCCACAGAGAGAGCCCUCGGUGGGCAGACCGCCGCGGACGGAGUCCCCCGACCUGAAGAAGAGGCGGAUCCACCAGUGUGACUUCGAGGGGUGCAACAAAGUGUACACGAAGAGCUCACACUUGAAGGCACACCGAAGGAUACACACUGGAGAGAAGCCCUACCGAUGCACCUGGGAGGGUUGCGCCUGGAAGUUUGCCCGCUCAGACGAGCUGACCAGGCACUUUCGCAAGCACACAGGCAUCAAGCCUUUCCGCUGCUCGGACUGCGACCGCAGCUUCUCGCGCUCCGACCACCUGGCCCUGCACCGCCGGAGGCACGUCAUGAUGUGAGCGGGGCGGGGGUGGACAGCCCCUCCCCUCCGGCCCCGAAGUGGCCCCCCUUUGCAAUCCGGGCCCCUGCCAGCCUGGCAGCGAGUCAGGAGCCCCGCCCAGAGAUUGGCACGGAGAGCGCAGCGCCAUCCUGCGGCCCCCAAGAUUGGCCUUUGGUCUCCAUGGGCUGUGGAGGUGCAGCACCUUGGGAGAGGCCAGACCACUGGAAGCCGAGCGGGGGACACCAGGUUGCCAGAACAGGCCGUUCGCUGUGCAGAUGGUCUCCUGCGGUCGGACCCUGGCAAGGAAUGCACCACUGACUCCACAUCUCUCAGGGGGCACAAUGCCAUGCCCAGGCACAGGGCCCUUCUGUACGUGGCGUGGGGCUAGGAAGUUUCAAGCACUUUGCCUGCAUUUCAUGCUCACAGCACAAAACCAGAAAUCCCAGAAUACCAGGAAGCAGUGUGUGUGCUGGGUG